AUGUUUGGACAAAAGGGUUCUUUAGGUCAUGUCAGCUUUACCAAUCUUAAGUGCGAAAUGAUCGACAGGAAGUUUGGAAAAUUUGAAGUCUGUCAUAUCAAGGCAGUAAAUCGAACUCAUAAGUAUAUAGAUAUGGAAUUAACGCUUUAUAAACUUCCCAUAAGCAAUAUGAUGAUAAAAGUGGAACCCAUGCGACACGGAAGCGGGUAUAGACCUUUUUUUAUGAGCAUGAAGUACGAUUUUUGCAAGUAUAUGAGGAAUCCAAACUUAGGAUCCUUGAUCUUUUUAAGAGAUUUACACUUAACGUUUAUUAAUGCCACAAACCUAAACCACACCUGCCCCUAUGAUCACAAUAUUUCGAUUACCAAAUUUUGGACUGGCGAUCUGGAGGCGGCGUUCCUUAAAUAUCUUCCCGUGCCCAACGGAGAUUAUGCUAUGUACUCGACGUGGAGUUCCUCAAAUAUUCCUCGUUUAUUUGUCAAUAUUUACUUUAAAAUAACUAACUGA